GCAGUAGGAAUCCCGAGUCCUUUAAAUGUACUGUACGUGCAAAGAUGGCAGCUCAAGUCGACUUGCUCCGUGCGAAAGUAGAAGAAGAAAGGCUGAGGGACAGUCUUGAAAGAUUCAUUAAAGAGAGGAAAAGGAAGAAGAAAAGGGACUUGUCGCCGUCAGCUGACAAACGGGAGGGGGCUGAGAAAGAGGCGAAGAAAGUGAAGCUCCAUCACCACCAACACGCUGAGCACCGGAGCCACCGGAGCCACCAGCCGCAUCAGCUGCAGCAAAAUCCCGAACCCCACAACUUCAGCGCAGGUAAACAUGACCUGCACAGCCACAAACACAGCCACCACCACCACCACCACGACCACGACCACGGUCUCAGCAACGGCACGAAAAAGAACCUGCAGCCGACUCUGCCUCCUCCUCCUCCUCCUCCUCCUCCGCGGAAGGUACCAGAGCAGCUGCAGAAGAAGCGAGCGGUGCCCCCCGAGCCACCUGCGCUGUUCACUUUCACGCCUCUCAAAAUGGUCAAGGCCAAGCCCCAGGAUUUCAAAGAAAAGCAUCGGGAUAAAGACCUGAAACUGAAGCUCAAGAAGGAAAACACCGAGGCCAACGUGAAACACGCUGAACUGAAGAAAAAGAGGGAGCCAAGGCCCCACAAUGAGAAUGUCAAGUCUCUAACGCUGGAGGAAUAUCUCCUGAAGAAGAAAAAGAAGAAGAAGAAGCAUCGCGAGGAUGAGCACAGUGCCAAGAAGGUCCGAUACAUGCACAACAAAGCGGUUCAGACUGUAUGUGCGGGGCUUGGAACCGACCUUACUCCGCCCAUUUGUCCUGAUCCGUCUCUGCCGGGCGCCAUGAAGCACGAAAGCAAUCGCCAGGCUGUCAGAGACACUGUCGGCAACCACCAACCCUACCUCCAUGCUCUCAAACUGGGACACGUCCCCUUCCUCUCCCACCAAGACCACUACAUCCGCAGCUCCUGCCUCCAGACAGGCACCUGGUAUGGACGUUUCAUGCAUGAGGAGCGGCAAGCCAAUGGUGGGGGAUCAGUUCUGCAUGCCUAUGCUGAUGAGCUAGCGAGUCUCAGCCCUGCUGAGAUGGAGUGCUUUGCCCAGGAGUUUCUGGAGUUGGCCUUUGCUGAGAAGCCCAGAGGUGCAGCCUCCUAUGCCUUGGCAGUGGUGCACAGCGCAGCCUCCUACCUGCCUGACUUCCUCGACUACUUUGCCUUCAACUUCCCCAACACACCAGUCAAAAUGGAGAUACUGGGCAAGAAAGACAUUGAGACCACCACCAUUGCCAACUUUCACUCUCAGGUGAGCCGGACUUACUGUUCAGGAACGUACCGGUCUGGACCCAUGAGGCAGAUCAGCCUGGUGGGAGCCGUGGAUGAGGAAGUUGGAGACUAUUUCCCAGAGUUCCUUGACAUGCUGGAGGAGUCGCCCUUUCUCAAGAUGACUCUACCAUGGGGAAGCCUCUCCAGUCUGAAGCUGGACUGUCGCUCCCAGAGUGACGAUGGGCCCAUCAUGUGGGUGCGACCAGGAGAACAAAUGGUACCCACUGCUGACAUGCCCAAGUCGCCUUUCAAAAGACGCAGGUCCAUGAAUGAGAUAAAAAAUCUACACUACCUACCGAGGGCCAGUGAACCCAGAGAGGUCCUGUUUGAAGACCGGACUAAGGCCCAUGCUGACCAUGUAGGUCAGAGUUUUGACUGGCAGAGCACUGCUGCUGUCGGGGUACUGAAGGCAGUGCACUUUGGAGAGUGGAAUAACCGACCUCGGAUAACCAAAGAUGUAGUGUGUUUCCAAGCUGGGGACUUCAACGAAGUUGUCCAGAGGCUGCAGUUGGAUCUGUACGAGCCCCCAGUGUCUCAGUGUGUCCAGUGGGUGGACGAUGCCAAGCUCAACCAGCUGAGGAGGGAAGGCAUCCGCUACGUCCGGGUCCAGCUCUGUGACGACGACAUUUACUUCAUCCCAAGGAACGUCAUCCACCAGUUUAAGACGGUGUCUGCAGUCUGCAGUCUGGCCUGGCACAUCCGCCUCAAACAGUACCAUCCAGAGGAGAAGAACAAGGAGGAGGAGCAGCGGCCAAACGAUCUCAGCCCCACCUCAGGCCGAGUCUCUUUUUCCUUCCCCGCCAGGCCUGACGCCACCGUAACCCCCUGUGCGCGACCACAGGGAGACAACACCCAAGGUGGGGUGGCAAAGACUGAAGAACCAGAGUUCCAGAGGCCGGCGACACCUCCCAAGGAGCCUCAGCCAGCCCCUCCACAGCCCACCAAAUCUGCUCACUUACCGCCGACAUACCUUUCCUUGGAACCAGUCCACUCUGGAUGUACACCUUCAAAAGAGCCCACUCUUCCAAAAGUUCUCGGCCACAAUUUAGACUUCCCUAAAUGACCUUCCUCCACCCCCCCACCCCCUUAAGUCUCUCUUUCUGCCCACUUUGGGAGGAGAAGGAAUUGUCUAAAACUGACAUCUGUGUCAAUCAGGAAACAUUUCAACUUAAAUUAUUCUUGGCUUUUUGUUGUCUUGGUUUAGUGUUGGUUAAAAUGUUCAGCCAAAGUAUUCUGUUUAAAGGUCCGGUGUGUAGCAUUUAGGGAGAUCUAUUGGCAGAAAUUGAAUAUAAUAUUCAUAAGUAUGUUUUUUUGUGAGCAUUGCAAGCCACCGUACUUUCUCCUACACACCUGGAAUGAGAGGGUGAGGCGAAGGGAUUGUAAUCUGCAACUACACCGCUGGAUGCCACUAAAUCAUACACACUGGUCCUUUAUUAUGACUAUGUAACACAUGUUUUUGUAUUUGACAGCACCUGAACUGGAACUCUUUACUGUCUCAUUCAAAAGGUGUGUACCAUAUACAGAAAGUAGUAUUUUAUAAGUUGCCACACUUACUGUAGGAGACAAAAUCUUUAAUUUAUUCUCAAGGCUCAGCUGUUUAUUUUUUGGCAGAAUUAUUUCAUGGAAGAUGGAAGUCUGGGGCAGUUUUCACAAGUGCAGGUGGAAUGAUUGUUUACAUACUUAAUGUAUGAUUACUCUGGAAGCAUGAUACUGACAUUAUACUAUCGUAUUCAUUUCAGUGGUAGAGGCAUAAAGACUAACCUUGUGAAGAAGAUGCAGUUCACUUAGUUUCAUAGACAGAUUUUCUGAAAAACUGGAACUUUUCCAUUCUAAUCAAAAGCCUGGCACAUAUUGGAUUUCCUGGAUUGGUCACAGCCAGUAAACAUAGGAUAAUCGAAAGGAGUAAAUGAAUGUGUAAGGAUGAGUAAUUAAACUACAAACACGUAAAACCUUUUUUGUCAGCUUCUUAAGUUGCAAUUUUUUAUUUAAAUGCCAUUUUAUACAGCACCCUUUUUCUUACUGUUGAUACUGUUUUUGAUAUUUUAUUUAUUUUCUUAAGAUUGAGCUCAACAUAAAAACACACAAGUUUAUAAGGUGUGAUGAAUAUUUAAGAUUAUUAUCUAACUAUAGGGGCACCUCUAAAUGACGAAGGAAUUACGGCUAUUGCAUUUAGCAAUAAUUGUCUGAAUCUUUUCUUCAGGUGUGGAGUAUGUCUUCAGAAUUUGGUAUGUAAAUAUUAUGUUGUUAUAUGUGAAUGCUGUUUGUGCUCUCAAGUCAUUUUUCACUUCAAAUUCAUCUUCACCUUUAGUUUUAGCUGGUAAUGUCACUGGGUUGAUAAAGGCACCGUUGUAGAAGGUCACUGUGGUUUAGUGUAAUUGUGUUGAUUUAAACUGCGAAUGCCUCGAGUUCGUUCCAGCAAAGUCUGAAAUAAUGAAGCCUCCUACAAAAUGAUCCGAGGCUGAACUGUUCCGCAAUGGAAGUGAAUUUCACAUUUCUUUCAAAAAUGAUCGAUCCUAAAAAUAUCUUCACUUCAUAUUGAGCGUGGUUACCCAGAGUUUCUGAUCAGAGAUCUACACUUCACCUAAACCUCACACAGGCUUUCAUUAUGUGGUCUUCUAUAAGCAGUCUUCUGUAAAGGAAGUGAUCAUGUGAUACUGCCUUUGCUCUACCACUGACUACGUCUUAGUGCCUUGUACUGUAUUCAAUUAGCCUCAUUUAAAACUGUGAGGUUUAUUUGCUGAUGAAUUGGAUGGUGAAAUGGGUAUUGGCCAAGCAGCCAUAGUGUAUCUUGUUUCUUUUAUUUAAAAAAAUGUUGCUCGCAUUCAUUUUGAAUUCUACAUCUGCAUGUCACCUGGAAGCAAACAAUUACUACAUCCUAGUGUUAUUGGAAUUUCUGCCUUUUAUACUAGAUCCUUUUCAGGAAGCAGGAUACUUAUUUUUGUUUGUCAGAAAUAUGACUGUCAUAGGGUCUUGACUUAAUAGCUCAAAGUAGAAAUAAAUGAACAGUUCCAAUACUGUCA